GUCUGAUGGAGGGGGAGUGCCGGAGGAGGGCAUGGUGAGGAAUCGACUGGAUUCUUGCAGGGCGGCGCGAAGGGUGCGCUGCCGGCGACCCCAGGUGUUGGGAAAGCGGACCCUACAGCAGGUCGGGGUCUGCAUUCCAGGCAUCUCUUCACCCUCAGUCCAUUUUGGAGCCGGAAAUGCUGGGCUGCGGGGGUUUGGUCUGGGGACCAGCUCUCUAUUGCGAGGCAGACUGUUGAGCCGGCGGGCUUCUGACCCAGGGAAAGAGGCGGGGAACGAGAAACUGUUUCUGGCCCUUGGAGGUCUUUAGGUCCGUUGGCGUUGCAGAUCUCAAGGCUAAGAGAGGAAUAACAGCCUCUGAUCCCUGCAGGUAGGGGGCUGCCAGGGUCCAUCUUUGGUGGGGUUAUCAAGAAUCGGAACAGAAUCUGGGAAUCUAACAGCCCUUCUGCCCGAGUUAAGCGCAGGAGAAACGUGGCAGACAUUGUAGAUGAAAACGGUGGGCCGAAGAUUGGUGAAGAAAAAAGGGUCGAGGUUUGGAGAGCCCCUGGAGGAUAUAUAAGAAUCCCUUUUCAGCCUCAGUUCCAGCCCCGCCCACCGCCGGUCCUCCAUUUUGGUGCCUCGUGGGGCCUGGGGAAGAAUUUACAAGGAAAAUGGAAGAAGAAACAGGAGAGAAAAAAAAAAAAACAACAGAACUCUCCAAAUGGAAAACGUCCCCCAGGAAAACGAAGGAGGGGAGCAGGUUCCCGUGCAGAAUGGAGAGGAAGCCCGCCCUUUGGGAGGUGGUGAAGCCCAGGAGGCUGAAGGAAAUAUUAGAGGGGGUUGGGCUCCACCUGCCCAGGAUUUUGGAGGGAAUGAGCCCAAUAGAUUUGUCAAUAACAUUGAUAUGAUAGAUGGAGAUGCAGAUGAUAUGGAACGUUUCAUGGAGGAGAUGAGAGAGCUAAGGAGGAAAAUUAGGGAGCUUCAGUUAAGGUACAGUCUGCGCAUUCUUAUAGGGGACCCCCCUCACCAUGACCAUCAUGAUGAUUUUUGCCUUAUGCCUUGAACCCUAAGGUUAAUAAUUGUAAACCCCCUGCUUUCCAAACUUGCAUUUUCUUGAUGUACCUUUUAUUGUGAAUCUUUUUGUGUUCUGUGUUGUUUUCUGAUUGGAGAUUUUGUUUUGACCUGGUCUGUAAGUUUUCCUGUCAGCAGGGGAGUUUCAUCAAUUUGCAUGAAAAGAGUUUAUUACAUAUUGUAAAGUUAAUAAAACAGUUUAAAAAGCAAUCUAUAGAUAAUAUAAUCUCAUUUAAAAGCAUGCGUAUUUAUACUGUCUAUAUGAAUAGAAAAAAUUAUGAAAAUAUAAAAACCAGAAUGUUUAUUUCUAUGUA